AUGCUAGAGUCCACCGCGCUCUUCUCGGCCACUACGAUCCAUCUGGACCGUUUGAUGUGCGCAUUCAAUUGUAUGACGCCAUUUGGGCAGCGGGAUGACGUGUUGAUCACGAUAGACCGCGAUGGCCUAACCUUUAUACGUCAGAAUAACCACGCUGCAGAGAUACAACUGUUCCUUGCCAAAGAGUUAUUCCAGUACUAUAGCAUCCGAGAGGGUUUUGAGGGCGAGAUUCAACUAUGCAUGAAGCUCAACCACCUGCUGGACACAGUCAGCGUAGCCAAUCGCGACAAAGACGAUGUAGUCGAAUGCACAUUAUCUUACGACGGGGAGGGAACGCCAUUUAUGCUGAUUCUUGAGGAUAGCAUGAUCACCGAGCAGGUUGAGUAUGCGACUUACUUGGUCGGCGAAAUGGAUCGCACAGGCCUGGAGCUUGAUCGUGCGCGGCUUGAGUUCGAGUGCAUCUUAAAGGGGGAUGUUCUCUAUAGCGCACUACGAGACCUCAGGGAAAUUGGGUGCAAGGAAUGCUAUCUAUACAUAGUGACGAGUUCACGAGCCCGGCCCAUGUUUGCGCUGGUGUCGCGGGGACAGCUGGGCUUGUCGAAGAUCAUCCUGCCAAGCGAACGUUCGGUGCUGGAAAAGCUGGAGGUAUACGAAAAUGAUUCUACCACGCUCAUACAUGAUGCACCAGUAAUUGGGCUGUUUGACUUUGCCGCGUUAGACAAGCUUCGGCCAAGCACUAAGAUUGCAAGCAAGGUGCUCAUCAGAAAGGAUGUGCAUGGGCUGCUGGCUGUCAACAUAUUGAGCGAUACAAAUGCUAUCCUCGUACCUGAAAAGCGGGAGUUGAUACGCGCCAGCCGAAGCGUCAGCGCAGAGUACCCGACCGUUGUAAUUGAAGUGUUUCUCCUCGAGAAGGCGAGCGUGGGCGACAUCGAUGUGCGCGAUGUUCACCAGCUGAUGCUUACGUCUCCGGCACACCGCCGUUCUGGCUUCGCGGAUUCUGGGUCGCGCAUUGUAUCUGUCACGCCAACAGCUACAUCCGCAGCACAUACAGGCGCGGGCAGCCUGCUUGGCCUGGCGCCGCCAUCCGCAUUCCCCGCAGAAGAAACGCAGGACCCAGACGAGUCCUACCACCCUGCCCCAUCGAACACGGACAUCCCCCUCUUCCUCUGA